AGCAGUGAUGACGCAGGUCCAACAUGGCGCUGCAGGUGGAGUUGAGUUGUUUGAAAACUUUCCCCUCUCACCUGAGUCCUCUGGAUGUUUUGAUUUUCAAAUCUCAUCUGGAGUCAAUCUUCCAGAAUGACAGCGACCCACCGACCGUCCUCUUCACCCCGCAGCCGCCUCAGGGCUCCGGGAGGCCGGGCAUUUUACUGCGCCUUUACCCGACCACCGAGGAUGAGACUGCUGGGUCCCCCAGACCCGAGUUCGAGACCCGGGUCCGGCUCUUCACCAGCCGCCUCUUCCUGCAACACCACGGGCUCCAGAGGACCGGGAGCACGGGGACAGUCCGGGCUCUGGAGCCGGUUCCUCUGGACAGAGUGGUGCUGGGAGCCCGCAGCAGACAGAGUCUCCUCUGGGCAGGGGGAGAGAGGUUUACAGAGGGGCUACUGGAGCUCUGCAGCCCGGGACAGUGGCUGCUGGUCCGGCAGGGAGACCCACUGCUGCUGCCCCGACAUCUGGAAGAAGAUCCAGGACAGCAGAUGGAGCUGCUGGUGUUGGAGUGCAGUCCUGUCACACAGGGACGGAUCACGGCCGACACCUCUCUGGUUCUGACUGACUGCUGGGACCCAGUGGACACCCCUUCAGCCCCCCCACCCUGCAGACCCCUCAGACUGUGUGUGUCGGACUUCGCUCAUUACGCAGACGGCCUCGGAGGCGGUCUAUCUCUCCUGGACAACAGGAGGCUGCUGGGCUCGGGGUUCUCGGGCGUCCUGCAGGCGCUGGAGUGCAGGUUGGACGUCCGGGUGGUGGACACUCAGCGAUGGAUCGGGGUCAAAGGUCAGCAGGGGGCCGCCGUGGACGUGGACAGCUGUGUGUUUGUGAGCAAGCAGCUGCUCCUCAGGCUGGGGCUGUUUAACCAGGAGUGGGUGAAGCUGUCGAGGCCGGGCGGAUCCUGCAGAGCUCAGGCUGAUGGGAGGGGGGGCGUUUGCAGACAGCGGCUGGUCUCUGUCGUGGUGGUGGAUCCAUCCAAGAGUCCAGACCUGCAGAACCAGGAGGAAGUGGGUUUCAUAUCAGCAACUCUGUGGUUCAACAUGACUGAAGGAGACGUGAUCCCCUCAGGCAGCUGCACUCUGAGGAUGAAGAGGUGGAGACCCUCUCCUCCUGCGCCCGGCGGCCCUCACUCUGACAGUUUCUGUCGCUCAGCUUCUCCUGCGGUCGCCAGCGAGCUUCACAUCCAGCCGGUGGUUUCCCCGCUGUACAACAGCCUCAGCUGCUACGACACCGUGCUGUCAGAACACUUCAGCACACCCAGGCUGGUUUCAGAGGGAGACAUCCUCACCAUUCCAUCUGAAAAUCAUCCAGACCUUCUAGAGAACAACUCAGAGGGAAUACACAGGAGUCCGGUGCUGUACUUCAGAGUGCAGAAGGUGUGUCCGUCUGCAGAGAGAGAAGAAGAAGAUGAAGAGGGGCGAGAUGCUCUCCUGGCUGACAGACAACACACCUCUCUCUACAUGCGAGGGUCCACCUGCAGCGCUGUCCCCCCCCUCUCUGUGGAGGGUUCCUCUCUGUGGAGCAGCCUCUCUCCUCCGGGCCUCCUCAAGACGGUGGAGCUCCUCAGCAGCAUCAUCCUCCCUCACCUGCACCACAGCAGCUCUCUGUCCGGCUGCACCGUCCUCCUUCACGGUCCGUCAGGCAGUGGGAAAAUGACAGCGGUCGGCGCAGCGAGUCGGAGACUGAACCUCCACCUGCUGAAGGUGGACUGUGUGAGUGUGUGUGCGGACACUCCUGCAGCCUCGGAGGUGAAGCUGAGCUCGGUGUUCCAGCGGGCUGAGGCCAUGCAGCCGUGCGUCCUGCUGCUCAGGAACCUGCAGAUCCUGCUCCGAGCCAGAGGAGGCGGCGAGGAGGACGGCCGAGUGCAGGCUGCGCUGUGCCAGCUGCUCCACAGCGCCCCCACCAGUGUGGUGGUGGUGGCGACGCUCUGCCGGCCUCGGGAGGUGUCUGCAGGUGUCAUGUCAGCGUUUGUCCACCAGGUGGCGGUAGAGAGUCCCACCGAGGAGCAGCGGCGCGCCAUGCUACUCAGCCUGAGCCGAGACCUUCCUCUGGGGAGGGAUGUCAACCUGGAGAGACUCUCCAAACUCACUGCGGGGUUUGUGUUGGGGGAUCUGAGUGCUCUGCUUGUUGAGGUGGGGCGAGCGGCCUGCAGGAGGCUCCUUCAGACCUGUCGGGGCAGACAGGAGGAGGAUCUGUGCUCCAGUGGAGUCACCAUCCUGAACCAGGACUUCACCUCCGCCCUGGAGACCCUGCAGGACGCCCAGUCCACAGCCAUCGGAGCCCCCAAGAUCCCUGAUGUGCGCUGGGAGGACGUUGGAGGUCUGCAGCAGGUGAAGAAGGAGAUCCUGGACACGGUGCAGCUUCCUCUGCAGCGUCCGGAGCUCAUGUCUCUGGGUCUGAACCGGACCGGGGUACUGCUGUACGGACCUCCAGGGACCGGGAAAACCCUGCUGGCCAAAGCCGUGGCUACUGAGUGCUCCAUGACCUUCCUCAGUGUGAAAGGUCCAGAGCUCAUCAACAUGUACGUGGGUCAGAGUGAAGAGAACAUCAGAGAAGUGUUCCUCAGGGCCCGAUCUGCAGCUCCCUGUGUGAUCUUCUUCGAUGAGCUGGACUCUCUGGCUCCCAGCAGGGGACGCAGUGGAGACUCUGGAGGGGUGAUGGACAGAGUGGUGUCUCAGCUGCUGGCCGAGCUCGACGCCCUGCAGUCGUCUGUCGGGGUUUUUGUGAUUGGAGCAACGAACCGUCCAGAUCUGCUCGACCAAUCACUGUUGAGGCCCGGGAGGUUUGAUAAACUGGUUUAUGUUGGAAUCAACGAGGACCGAGGAUCUCAGCUGCAGGUUCUCCAGGCCAUCCUCAGAAAGUUCCAGGUGGACUCUGCUGUGGACCUGCAGCAGGUGGUGGAUCGCUGCCCCGAUCACAUGACCGGCGCUGACCUGUACGCUCUCUGUUCGGACGCCAUGACGGCCGCCAUCAAGAGGAAGAUCUCUCUCAUCGACGAGGGUCUGGACUCAGAAGACUCUCCUGUCCUCGUCUCCGUUGAGGAUUUCUCUUCAGCGUUGGAGAACUUCAAGCCGUCAGUGUCAGAGGAGGAGCUGCUGAGAUACAGAAACAUCCAACAGAAACUCACCGCCAAGUAGAAAGUGAUGGUGUUAACUCUCCAGCAGAGUAGAACGUCUCAUUUAAAAUACCAUCACACCUGUAAUACCAACAUGUAAUAUACUGUAAAUGAUGUAAAGUUAAUUUAUUUAAUUGUGAAAUGUGAUUAAUAAAUACAGAAGUUAAUUUUGA